GUUGAGGACCUUCAAGUUAAUGUUGUCAGUCUGUCACGAACUGCAUAAAUAAGGAAGCAAGAGAGAAGAGACAAACAGAAAAGAAAAAGAAACAGAAAAGAAAAAAGCAGAUAGUGAGAAUAAGACAGUGUGAGGGAGAAAACCAAGGAAGAAAGGUAGAGUGACAGAAAGAAAGGAUAAACAAGGAGUGAAAAAGAGGGAGAGAUGUCACAUUUAGCUUGUGUCCUGUUCUUGUGGUUCAGCCUUGCACUGGGCAGAACUGUCCCUGUUUCCCUUGGAAUCUCAGUCCCUGGGGACAUCACCAUUGCUGGAAUCUUUCCUGUCCACGGGGCCAUCCUUAACACCAGCCUCACACACCCAACGCCCCCUAAGUGUACAGGGCUGGACAUGGUAGGGCUCAACAAGGCCCUGGCGAUGAUCCAGGCGGUGGAUUCCAUUAACAAGUCCCCCAUGUUGGGCGGGAUCAGACUGGGCUACUGCCUUUUCGACUCCUGCAGUGAUGUCACCACUGCACUGUAUGCCACUCAAUCCAUAACGGCCAAAGCUGCAGGCAGUGAGGAACAGAUCUAUUCUUCAUCCUGCCCUCAACCCAUCAUGGCCGUCGUCGGAGCCGCCUUCUCCGAAGUGUCCAUCGCAAUUGCUAGGCAGCUGAACAUGGAGCUCAUCCCGCAGAUAAGCUACGAGUCGACGGCAGCGAUCCUGAGUGACAAGAAUCGCUUCCCAGGAUUCAUGAGGACUGUGCCCAGUGACAACCACCAGACGAAUGCUAUGGUGAAGCUCCUAACCGCAAAUGGAUGGAACUGGGUGGGAAUGAUCACCACGGACGGGGAAUAUGGGCUUGCUGCUCUCAACAGUUUUUUGUCCCAGGCAGCAGAAGCCGGGAUCUGCAUCGCCUUCAAAGAGAUCCUGUGCGACAUCCCGUCCGACAGCAACUACCACAACAGGAUCUCACAGGCUGUGAAGACCAUCCGUGCGAACCUCAAGGCCAAGGUCAUUGUUUCAUUUGCCAAUCACAAUCACAUGCAGGCCAUAUUCAGUUCUUUGGGUGAAGGGGAUCUGAACAGGGUCUGGAUUGCCAGUGAUGCAUGGUCCACCUCUAAGAGUGCACUUGAAGGGCAGAAGUUGAGCAGCGUUGGGACGGUGGUGGGCUUCACGUUCAAGAGAGGGGACAUCUCUUCUUUCCUUCACUACCUGAGAGGACUGGACAUCAGAGGAGACCCCCUGGCGAAUAGCUCCAUACUGAAUGAGUUACUUCCUACCUUGCAGAACCAGAGCGAGGUCCAGGGAAGGCCUCCCACAGAUAAGCUGAUGAAAAACGUAAAGUCUGACUCCAUAUUUAGCAUAAACUUGGCUGUCAAUGCAAUCGCCCAUGCUGUGGUAAAGCUCUGUUCUGUGAAAGACUGCAGGGCAUCGAAGAACAUACAACCCUGGGAGUUACUUACAGAACUGAGGAAAUCCACAUUUCAAAUGGAAGGGAAAAAUUACACAUUUGAUUCCAAUGGAGACUUGAACCUGGGCUACGAUAUCACCUUGUGGAGUUCAGACAAGGGAAUCAUCAAUGUCAGUGAUGUUGUGGCCCAGUAUGACCCUUGGACCCACAACUUCUCAUUUACAAGCCAGGCCACCAUGGAGAAAAUCUUGGAUUUACAGAAGGUGGUAUCAAGGUGUUCACCUAAAUGUUCACCUGGACAGUUUAAGAAGACAGCUGAAGGCCAGCACAUCUGUUGUUAUGAGUGUAUUAAUUGCACAGAGAAUCAUUUUUCCAAUGACACAGACUCAGAUCAAUGCUUCAGCUGUGACACAAAUAUUGCAUGGGCCACAGCUGGGAGUACUCAAUGCAUACGCAAAACUCUAGAUUUCUUCUCGUGGGAAGAUGGUUUUGGAGUGGUCCUAGUGGCACUGGCCACCCUGGGGAUCCUGCAGACCUUCAUCAUGGUGGUGCUCUUUGUCAGACAUCGCCACACUCCAGUGGUGAAGGCCGCCGGAGGCCCCAUCUGCCACCUAACCCUCCUGUCACUGGCUGGCAGCUUCGUCAGCACUCUACUCUUUGUGGGCCAGCCGACCAAUCUGCAGUGCCAGGUGAGGCAGGUGCUGUAUGGGCUCAGCUUCACCUGCUGCGUCUCCUGCAUUCUGGUGAAGUCCCUCAAGAUCCUGCUGGCCUUCCACUUCACCUCUGGUGUGCGGGCAGCCCUUCGCAGGCUCUACCGGCCCUACUGGAUUAUCGGAGUGUGCGUGGGGCUACAGGCUGUCCUCUGCACACUCUGGCUGGUCCUGUGCUCCCCCGGGGCUAGGAGCACCCCCUACCCCACCACCAUCUUGGCAGAGUGCUUUGAGGGCUCCUACGUGGCGUUUGGUGCCAUGCUGGGGUACACCGCCUUGCUGGCACUCGUGUGUUUCGGUUGUGCCUUCAAGGGGCGGAAGCUGCCUGAGAACUACAACGAGGCUAAAUUCAUCACCUUCGGCAUGCUCAUCUACUUCAUUUCAUGGGUCACCUUCAUCCCCAUUUACGUCACCACCGUUGGGAAGUACCUGCCCGCUGUGGAAAUGGUGGUCAUUCUGAUCUCCAGCUAUGGUAUUCUGAGCUGCCAUUUCUUCCCAAAAUGCUACAUAAUACUCUUUAAAAAGGAGACAAACACUAAGGAUGCCUUCUUUAAGACCUUAUACGAAUACUCCUCUAAGUCAUGGAGCAGAAACAAGACUGACAGCUCUGUGAGUAAGAACUCUCCAAUACACUGCUCAGUUAUAAGUGCACCAUCUGUUGACUUUUCCAAAAAGGAAGUGCAGACUAUUGCACUGGGCUGCUUCACUCCUGAAAAGAGUUUGAAUGUAGUGAUCCCGGUUAAAUCACUCAAGGUCUUUUGUAGGAGGAGAAAUGCCAGCGUAUGAAAAACAGAAGAGCAAUUUGUUUCAUAGGUGCCCAAAAGAAAAACAUGUCCUUGACUGAAAAGAAAGCACACAUUGUGAUUAUUUAAAUAUUUAUCUUACUUGGUACAAAAUAUGAACUUAGAUAACACUUAUUUUAUCAAUAAUAAAAAUGGUUUUAAAUGCUGUUUUCAUAUUGGAAUCAUGAAUUAGUUCUAGGAUGGCUUUUCACUGAAGUUGUGGAAGUCACACCAACAAUAUCUUGUUUAACUGAAUCCGUGUUUGAUUCAAACAAAUAAAAACAAAAACAUUAACGGCGUGUACGGGGCUUGACUUUGCCUUGGAAAGGGAAAUUAAAUUGCUGCAUUUUUGCUGUCAUUGUGAAAGCUUUUGUAAAUAUGUUACAUUGUAUAGGUAUGUUGACUUAAUUUAUAUGUAGUGCAUUGCACUCAAGUGUACAGCUGUAAAGCUUUGUACUGUAAUUUAAAACCUCUGUUUUCUUUUACUUAGAGCCUGAGGGGACAUGCUGCUCUCCUCUUAUUCCAAACAAUAAAACAGAAAUAUGAGAGGCAGAUACCCUUAUUUACAGCAUGUCACCAUGCUUAUAGCUUUACCGCUUAGCUAGCUGUUUUUAUGAUCCUUGGACUGAGCUCAGCUAGACUUCUAUAUCUCAGCCUUGAUUCCUUGAUCCUGCUGGCCAGUAUCAAUUGUACCAACCACCGUCUUCACAAGGAGAUUCAUAUUCUACCCCUUAAUACAGUAACCCCUUAAUGUCUUAGGUAUUUGUGUAUGUGUGUUAGUGUGUGUGUAUGUGUGUGCUCAUGCAAGUUUGUCAAUAUAUGAUAAAUGAUUGACAUUGCAUUAAAUUACUGUUACUGCAAUUACUGUACUGUUAAUGCUAAUUCAAUUAUGAUCAUUGUUUUUGUCAUUUCAGAUAAUUGUGUAAAUACAGUUGCUCAUUGCUUGGAUGAGUGCACCAAAGUGUCACAUUUUUCCCAUUGCCGGGACAUUUUUUUGCAGCGAUUUGACAUUCAUCCUGUGAUUUAAUUAAAAUCUUCUUAUGAAAUCUCUGGUUUUUGUCAUGUCUCAGCUAUAAGUUUGUAACUCACAGUUCAAAAACAAAUUAUAUUGAGUAAUCUAGGGAGGUCCAAAAUACCGGUCGAUUACAAUGACCAUGAUUCACAAAC